UCUCCUUGUGCCUGACACAGACCCCAGCCAUCACAGUCGACCAGUUUCUUGCUUACCUAAUUGCUCUAAAUCUUCGCACGCGCCACAGCGUCUCCUGUCCCGCUAGUAGUUUCCCUUUGCGCGCCUGGUAGAGGGUAGCUUUGCGAGUUUCCUUUCCAAGAUCUUCUGUCUGUCUCGCAGCGAGCAGUGAUGGCGCGGCGCAAGACGAAGGAGAGCAAGCGGAAGGCGGCGCAGGCGGGGAAGGAGGAGGAGGCGGCGGCGCAGAUGGCGCCGGACGAGAAGGUGCCGCGCACCAUGAUGUUCGCGCGCGGGAAGAUCAACAUUCUGCUGAAGCGCCUCGUGCAGGACAUGCGCAAGAUGCUGCUGCCGUUCACCGCGCUCAAACUCAAGGAGUCAAGGCGCAACAAUCUCAAGGACUUCUUACACGUGGCAGGCCCUCUGGGCGUGACGCACUUCCUCAUGCUCUCCAAGUCUGACGUGUCACCAUAUCUGCGCGUGGCGCGCACGCCACGUGGCCCCACGCUCACCUUCCGCAUCCUCGACUACUCCCUCGCUGCUGACGUGGCCAAGUCCCAGAGGCGCCCGUACGUGCCAGCUGGCGUGUUUGAGGCGCCGCCCCUGGUGGUGAUGAAUGGCAUGGGAGCGACGGGCAGGAGUGGCACGGAGCAUCUGAAGCUGAUGACCAUCAUGUUCCAAAACAUGUUCCCGCCCAUCAACGUCUCCACGGUGAAACUGUCUGACUGCAGGCGAGUGCUUCUCCUCAACCACGACCCAGCCACGGGCACCAUCGACCUGCGGCACUACGCCAUCACUGCUCGCCCCGUGGGGGUGUCCAAGCCGCUGCGCAACCUGGUGCACCACCACGCCCUGCCCAACCUCAGCCACCUCUCCGAUAUCAGCGAACUCGUUACAAGGCCGGCAGCCUAUGCGUCAGACAGUGAAGCAGACGAGGGCAGCAGGGUGCAGGCCCCCCAGGACAUGGGGCGGGGCGUGCGGGCGGCGCAGCAGAGCCAGGUGAAGCUGCACGAACUGGGGCCACGUGUCACGCUGCUACUGGUCAAGGUGGAGGAGGGGCUCUCCAACGGCGCCGUCAUGUACCACCGAUUCGUGGAGAAGACAGCGGAGGAGGAGGCGGAUCUGCAGCAGAGGGCGGAGGAGCGGCUGAGGGAGAAGAAGAGGCGGAAGGAGGAGCAGGAGGCGAAUGUGCGGCGGAAAAAGAUGCUCAAGGCGUCGAAGGGCAAGGCGGCUGAGGGGGACGACAGCGGGGAGGAGGAGCAAGGGAGGGCAGUGGGGGCGAGGGAGGGAGAGGAGGAGGAGGAGGAGGAAGACGAUGCGGGGUGGUACCGCAAGGAGCCUUUGUGGGGGGAGGGUAUGAGGGCAGUAGAGGAGCGAGGGGAGGCAGAGGUAGAGGGAGAGGGUUUGGGCGAGGCAGGGGGAGAGGAGGGGGGAGGGCCUGGGGUCGUGGGGACGGGAGCAGAGGGCGAGGAGCAGGGGGGAGAGGAGGAAGAGGAGGAAGAGGAGAACGAGGGGGAGGAGGGGGAGGAGGGUGGUCGCCUUCGGGCCGUGGAGGGCGGAGGGGAGGACGAGGGGGGUUGAGGGGAAGGGGUAGGGGGAGGUACUAGUAUGGUGUGUUCUAGGAUGGUGCUGUAUGCCGACUUUUGAGGGUGUCUAACCAUGCAAACCGCACAAAAACCAUGUGGCGGAAAGAAAAACGAGUAACACGGCUACUGUACUCCCUGCCAGCCAGGCCCCCAAAUUGCAGACUUUUUACUCUGAUUCAGACUUUUUUCAGAGUUUUUUUGGGGGUGUACUCUGAUUGGGAAGACUUUUUUUUGUACCUUACUCUGAUUUUUCAGAGAAGAUUUAUGUACCUACG